GCCUCCGCCACAACACACACCAAAAUCGAACUAGUAGCACAUUGCGUCUGCUUCGAGUUGGAUCGCUUAGCUAAAAGCUCUUUUCCUUUUUCCUGAUCCGGUUGAGCAGGUCCUUCGAUCCCGUCGUUCGGCUAGCUAGCUGCAGCCAUGGUGCUCUCCAAGGCCGUCUCCGACACCGACAUGUCUGUGCACUCCACGUUCGCCUCCCGCUACGUCCGCUCGUCUCUCCCAAGGUACCGCAUGCCGGAGAACUCGAUCCCGAAGGAGGCGGCGUACCAGAUCAUCAACGACGAGCUGAUGCUGGACGGCAACCCGCGGCUGAACCUGGCGUCGUUCGUCACCACGUGGAUGGAGCCCGAGUGUGACAAGCUCAUCAUGGCCUCCAUCAACAAGAACUACGUCGACAUGGACGAGUACCCCGUCACCACCGAGCUCCAGAACCGGUGCGUGAACAUGAUCGCGCACCUCUUCCACGCGCCGCUGGGCGAGUCCGAGACGGCCGUGGGCGUCGGCACGGUGGGGUCGUCGGAGGCCAUCAUGCUGGCGGGGCUCGCCUUCAAGAGGAGGUGGCAGAACAAGCGCAAGGCCGAGGGCAAGCCGUUUGACAAGCCCAACAUCAUCACCGGCGCCAACGUCCAAGUUUGCUGGGAGAAGUUUGCUAGGUACUUCGAGGUGGAGCUGAAGGAGGUGAAGCUGCGGGAGGGGUACUACGUGAUGGACCCGGACCAGGCGGUGGAGAUGGUCGACGAGAACACCAUCUGCGUCGCCGCCAUCCUGGGCUCCACGCUCAACGGCGAGUUCGAGGACGUCAAGCGCAUCAACGACCUGCUCGACAAGAAGAACAAGGAGACAGGCUGGGACACGCCGAUCCACGUGGAUGCGGCGAGCGGCGGGUUCAUCGCGCCGUUCCUGUACCCGGAGCUGGAGUGGGACUUCCGUCUGCCGUGGGUGAAGAGCAUCAACGUGAGCGGCCACAAGUACGGGCUCGUCUACGCCGGCAUCGGCUGGUGCAUCUGGCGCAACGCGGAGGACCUGCCGGACGAGCUCAUCUUCCACAUCAACUACCUCGGCGCCGACCAGCCCACCUUCACCCUCAACUUCUCCAAAGGCUCCAGCCAAGUCAUCGCGCAGUACUACCAGCUCAUCCGCCACGGCUUCGAGGGGUACAGGAACAUCAUGGAGAACUGCCAGGAGAACGCCAUGGUGCUCAAGGAAGGCCUGGAGAAGACGGGGCGGUUCAACAUCGUGUCCAAGGACGAGGGCGUGCCGCUGGUGGCCUUCUCGCUCAAGGACCACAGCCGGCACGACGAGUUCGAGAUCUCGGACAUGCUGCGCCGCUUCGGCUGGAUCGUGCCGGCGUACACCAUGCCGGCCGACGCGCAGCACGUCACGGUGCUCCGCGUCGUCAUCAGGGAGGAGUUCAGCCGCACGCUCGCCGAGCGCCUCGUCCUCGACAUCGACAAGGUCAUGUACCAGCUCGACGCGCUCCCGUCCAACAAGCUCACGCCCCCUGCCGCCGCCGCCGCGGCCCUGCUGCCUGCGGCGACGCUCGUCGAGAAGGACGUCGUGGUGGAGAACGGGGUCGCCAAGAAGUCGGAGCUCGAGAUGCAGAAGUCGGUGACGGAGGCCUUGAAGAAGCUUGCGCUUGCCAACAAGACCAACGGCGUCUGCUAGUGCCACUGUGCUAGCAGAAGCAGUGACAACCAAGAGUGUCUCCUAUAAACGCAUCACUGCCAUGGUGCGAGCUGCCGAUAUAUUUUUGUCUUGCUAAUUCGAGCGAAAGUCAUGAUUAAUAGGUCGAUUUAGGCAGAGUUUAUCACUAAAGGUUAAGUUUUGCUCUGGCACUGCAGUACUACUACUGCACUCAUAGUCAUACUGCGACUAUUUAGUUCAUGUUCUAGUGCUUCUACCGAUUUUUGAUUGGUCAUUGGCCUAAAAAUACUGAAUGCAAUUAGUCAUUACUAUC